CUGCAAGGCGAGCUCAUGACGCUGAUGACAUCGCCGGCGCCUGGCGUCAGUGCCUUCCCGCAUAACGGCGACCUCACUGCCUGGGACGGCACCAUCGUCGGUCCCGCCGACACGCCCUACUCGGGUCUCACACUCAAGCUGCGCUUCAACUUCCCUGCCCGCUACCCGUACGUGCCCCCGGAGGUCCGCUUCACCACUCCCAUCUACCACCCCAAUGUCGACAUGAAGGGCCGCAUCUGCCUCGACAUUCUCAAGGACAAGUGGAGUGCUGUCUUGAACGUCAGCUCCGUCCUGCUGUCCCUGCAGAGCUUGCUCGGCGAGCCCAACAACGCAUCUCCCCUCAACGGCCAAGCCGCCGAGCUCUGGGAUACCAACAUGGACGAGUUCAAGCGCAACGUCCUUGCCCGCCAUCAGGAUCUCACCGAUGAAGAGAUGGAGUAA